AUGCUAAGCGCUCUGAGCCGCCUGGGCACGCGGGCCCCGUGCGGGCCCAGGGCCCCGCUGGUGCUACCCGCGCGCGGCCGCAAGACCCGCCACGACCCGCCGGCCAAAUCCAAGAUUGGGCGCGUGAACAUGCCGCCCGCGGUGGAUCCUGCGGAAUUCUUCGUGCUGAUGGAGCGUUACCAACACUACCGCCAGACAGUGCACGCCCUCAGGAUGGAGUUCGGGUCCGAGGUGCGGAGGAAGGCGCACGAGGCCAGAGCCGGGGUCCUGGCGGAGCGCAAGGCCAUGGAGAAAGCCGCCGAGCACCGCGAGCUGAUGGCCUGGAACCAGGCGGAGAACCGGCGGCUGCACGAGCUACGGAUAGCGAGGCUGCAGCAGGAGGCGCGGGAACAGGAGCAGCGGCAGGCUGAGGAGCAGGCCCGCAAGGCCGAAGAGGCGCGGACCUGGGCGCAGCUCAAGGAGCGGGAAGUGCUGCAGCUGCAGGAGGAGGCGAAAAACUUCAUCACCCGAGAGAACCUGGAGGCACGUGUGGAAGCAGCAUUGGACUCCCCAAAGAGCUACAACUGGGCCAUCACCAGAGAGGGGCUGGUGGUCAGGCCACAACGCAGGGGUUCCUAGGGACCCAGUAAGGACAGUGCCCACCCAGGGACCAUGUGUAGGGCGGGGGGGCGGGGGGAGAGUUGGGCCUGACCUGGAAUAAAGCAGUCCGUGCUGCUUAUGAGGAAGGUUCAGCCUUUUCCAGCACAGCCUUCACAUUCUGCCCUCUGCUGUCACCACUUGGUCAGAAACUUCCAAACACAGUGCCCUCCCUGUUCAGGGUCAGCACAGCAGGAGACUCUGGAGUGGUUUCCAUCUCACAGAAGAUCAGACAGGGCCACAACCCGCUCAGGCAGCCAAGCCGUCUGAAUAUCAUUAAGGGUAGUGAUGGGCAAAUUACAUCUGAGGGCCAAACGUGCCUGCUUCCUGUUUUUGUAAAUAAAGUUUUGUUGGAAUACAGCCACACCCA